AUGGGAUGUGUUUACUACACAGUUCCGGGGCUUCCCCCAGAGUACUUAUCUUCACUUAAUAAUAUAUUUCCUGCCUUUCUAUUUCACGCACAAGAUAGAGGAUAUCAAUCAAUUUCUAAUGAACAAAUGUUUUCAGCACUUGUUAAAGAAUUAGUAAGUUUGCAAGAAGAAGGCAUUAUGAUUUGUAUUAACGGCGAAGAAAUCAAAAUUUACUUUACCCUUGGUUUAGUCUUGGGUGACAAUUUGGGUUUAAAUUCCAUUUUAGGUUUUGUUGAGAGUUUCACAGCUAAUUUUUACUGUCGUAUAUAUAGAUCCCCAAAACAAGAACUCCAACAAAUGUGUCAUCAAUCAAAUACUUUUCUUAGAAAUGUGAUUAAUUAUGAGUCUGAUAUUAAACAUAAUAAUGUAUCUGAAACUGGGGUUCGUGAGCAAUGUAUUUUUCACAAAAUUCAACACUUUCAUGUCACUGAAAAUUUAGUUUGCGACUUCAUGCAUGACAUACCUGAAGGUGUAGCACGGUACGAUAUGGCACUAAUAAUUUCAGGUCUUAUCGAUCAAGGAUGUUUUACAUUGAAUGAGUUAAAUAACCGAUUACGUUAUUUUAAUUAUGGUACCACAGAGCGUAAAAAUGUACCUCCACUGAUUCGUGAAACUAAUAUUAAAAAAGGUAUUUUAAUAAUGUCAGCUUCUGAAAUGUUAUGCUUAAUCAGAUUUUUCAGCCUGAUGGUUGGUGAAUUAGUUCCAACAUCUUCAAACUUUUGGAAACUCUACCUCCUUUUAUAUCAAAUAACUGAUUUAUGCUGUGCUCGUAAAAUACAAAGAGAUAGUUCAUUUUUAUUAGAUUCUCUUGUUUAUGAACACAACAAAUUAUAUUUACUUUUAUCUAAAAGUACUUUAAAACCUAAAUUCCACAUGCUUACUCAUUAUGGUCAUAUUCUAAGAAAAAAUGGUCCAAUUAUUUUAACAUCUAGUAUUCGGUUUGAAGCCAAACACAAAAUUCUCAAGUCAUUAGCAAAUGUUAUCCCUUGCCGGAUUAAUCUUGGGUAUACUAUAGCAAAUAAAUUACAAUUUUAA